AUGACUUUAGAACAAAUUGAAAAAUCUCCAAAUAGAGAUUACAAAUAUGUUGAAGUGCAAAAUGAAGAUAAAGAAUUGGGUCAUUGUGAACCAAAAAAGAAUUAUACUCGAGAAUACAUUAUAGCAAUAAUUUCAACACUUGGUACCAUUGUUUGUGGAAUACAAUUCACAUGGAUUAGUCCAAUAUUACCACAAUUAUUGUCUGGAAACUUCAAGAUACAAAUAACUAUGGCAGAAUCUGUAUGGGUUUUUGGUCUAUUACAAAUUGGUGGUCUUCCAGGAUCUAUAACGGUAUCAAUGAUAUCGAAUUAUAUUGGAAGGAAAAAAACAAUUGUUUUGACCGCAAUUCCGUUUAUAAUCUCAUCUAUUAUUCGUAUUUACGCUGAAACAGUGUUGCAUUAUUAUAUUGCACAAUUUAUAGGAGGUUUUAGUGUUGGUGCCAGUUUUGCAGUGGCAUCAAUGUAUAUCAGUGAAAUUUCCUCGCCAGAAAUCCGUGGAGUUUUAUCCAUUUUUAUUCAUUUUUCAAUUAGUGUUGGGGUAUUAUUUGUUUUUGUUUUGGGUGCGUAUUUACCGAUAGUUACUUAUUACUACGUCUUGGCAAUUUUCCCAAUUGUUCAGUUAAUUUUCACUUUAUAUUUACCCGAAACGCCGUAUUUUCAAGUGAUGAAACAAGAUUAUAAAGGAGCAGAAAAAACUUUAAAAUUUCUGCGAAAAAAAUCAAAUGUUCAAGACGAAUUAAAUCGCUUAAUUGAAGGCUAUAAGGAGGAAAUGGCGGAACAAAAGCAAUCAUUUUGGGAUCUGUUCAGGGAUAGAACCAAUCUUAAAUCACUGUUAAUAAUUGCUGUACUCACCAUGGCCCAACAAUGGACUGGUUCUACAGCAAUUUUUUCAUAUUCACAAGUAAUUUUUGAAGAUGGCCAUUCAAGUAUUUCAGCUCAAACAUGUGGAAUAUUAAAAGCAAUUCUGAAUUUUGUUUGUGCGUUUGUUCUUGCAUCGGUAAUAGAUCGAUUUGGACGGCGUGUUUUACUUUUGAUUUCUGCAAUAAUGACUCUUAUACCGUUGGCAAUGAUGGCUGUAUACUUUUAUUUACAAAACUACACAGAUUUCAAGUAUAUCGAACACUUUCGAUUAAUACCUUUAAUUGGAAUUUUAUCGUUUAAAUUUGCUUAUGGGAUUGGCCUAGGCGGAAUACCUUAUAUACUUUCAGGAGAAUUAUUUCCAACAAAGGUUAAAGCUUAUGCAUCCUCUCUAAAUUCAAUCGUCAUGACUGCAGUUGGUGUUCUAGCAAAUAAAAUGUAUCAAGUUGCUCUUAAAGAAUUUGAUUAUCCAGGUGCAUUUGGAAUGUUUAUGAUGUGGCUUCUUCUAGCGAUAAUAUUUAUCUAUUUUAUGGUACCAGAAACUAAAGGAUUAUCUUUGGAAGAGAUUCAAGUUAAAUUAAGAAAACCAAAUAAAAAAUAAAAACAUCAUUUAUAUGUAGAUAAUGAAAAAAAUGUCAGCAUCUUUUGAAUGUCGUUUCAGAUACUUUGUUUGAGAAGGUUCUCAAAAAAUCACGUUUUCUUAGAAUCAAUUUUUGGCAUUUUUAUGUUAAAUUAUUUACGAUAUUUUACUACGUGAGUAAGGGAGUGCGAGCACCAAGGAAGUUUUAGAUUUAGGGUUAAAAUUUUAUAGGUACCUUAUUU